AAUCAUUGAUUAAACAUAUAUUCGUCCGAAGUAAUUCGCUUCUCAAAGGAUACGCGUAUCCAUUUACAACUCCCAUUAGACGACGUUCCAGAUAGUGCACCAUUUUUCGCGAUAAACGUGAUAGACAUGUGCCUCGUAGCAUCGAAUAAUUCGAACGUAUUUAUGUGAGAGGAUCCACUGGUAUAAAUCUAGCGCAAGGUCCACCAUCUUACGAACCAGUCAAAACAUUUCCCAAAGAUGAUAGCAGAACCUGUAAGGCUAUGCUUUUUAGUUCGGACGGUCAGUACUUUGCAUGGAUUAAUGCUGUUAGUGUUAAAAUUGUACUGUGCGAGACCUGGAAGAUUGUUGCUGAAAUUUCACGACCUAAAAUCUGCUCUAUUCAAUUCUCUACCCAUAGCACAUAUCUUGCAACUUGGGAACCAUCUUUUGUAACACAAACAAAUCCUCAGGGAACACAAAAUCUUCAUAUAUGGAAAUCUGAAAAUGGUGAAUUAGUUCACAGUUUUGUGCAGAAAAAACAAAUUAAUUGGGAACCACAGUGGUCAAGUGAUGAAAAACUUUGUGGAUUAUUAAAUGGUGCAAAUGUUCUUUUAUAUGAAGAUAACAAUUUUGACAGAUAUGUACACAAGAUAAGUGUAGCCAAAGUUGCCAAAUUUAGUAUAGCACCUGGUAAUGCUCCCUACCAUAUUCUCUGCUAUAUGCCUGGAAAGCCUGGUCAACCAUCAUUUGGAAGAUUAUUUCAAUAUCCAAAAUUUGAGAUUGGAGAAGCACUUGCGAGCAAAAGUUUUUUUCAGGCAGAUAGAGUUGAUAUUUAUUGGCAUCAACGAGGGAUAAAUGCAUUAUUGAUGGCAAGUACUGAGGUUGAUAAGAGUGGUGCAUCAUAUUAUGGAAAACAGACAUUGCAUUAUCUCAGCACAAAAGGAGAUACUGCUAUGGUUACACUCAGUAAAGAAGGUCCUAUACAUGCAGUAGAAUGGUCUCCCAAAAAUACUGAAUUUUGCGUGAUAUAUGGUUUUAUGCCAGCUAAAGCAACAUUAUUUAAUCUUAAAUGCGAAGCGAUUUUUGAGUUUGGAACAUUACAUAGAAAUAGCAUAUAUUACAAUCCACAUGGCAACAUAUUGCUUUUGGCUGGAUUUGGCAAUCUUAGAGGCGGCAUCGAAUUAUGGGAUAUCGCUAACAGAAAACUUAUUGCUAAAACUGAUGCACCAGAUACUACACUACUCCAAUGGUCGCCGGAUGGUGAACAUUUUGUAACAGCAACUACAGCACCUAGAUUACGAAUGGGAAAUGGAUUUAAGAUUUGGCAUUAUACUGGUUCAUUAGUAUAUCAACGACCUUGGAAUAAUCAAGAGGAACUGUGGGAGGUAAUUUGGCAAAACUUCCCUGUGAAUACUUUCCCAUUGAAACCUAUUAACUAUAAAGCAGUCGAGGGUAUUGUCUCUAAUCCUAGUCAAUCGCAAGCACCGAAAGAAGCAUAUAGACCACCAUGUGCUAGAGGACAAAAUAUCACAUUUAAAUUACAUGAUGAUAUAGAGCCACCUUCUAAACCUACCGUAGAAUCAAAUCCAUCGAAAGCUGCAUUGAAAAUGAAGAAAAAUCGGGAAGCGAAAAAGGCUAAAAAAGAAUUAGAAUCUAAUAAUGCGACUAUUAAUGGACAAGUUACAAGCACAAUGACAAGUAUAAAAAUGGAAUUAACAGAUGAUCCUGAAAAGAAUAAAAAAAUAAAGAAAGUGAAGAGCAAAUUAGAUCAAAUUUCUAAAUUGAAGGAACAGUUAAAAUUGGGAAAACAAUUAGAAAUUAAUCAACUAGAUAAGAUCAAGAAAGAAGAUGAACUGCUAAAAGAACUUGAAGAGCUUACUUUAUGAUAAAUACUUUAAAUGUUGAGCAGAAUUAACUUGCUAAACAAAGAAAAAACAUUACUAUCAAUGGUUUUUUUUUUUCUUCUUUUUUUAUAAAGUAAAACGAUACAGGAAAUACAUAUGUGUAGAUCAAAUUAUUCAUCCUGACAACUUGAAAAAAUUUGAAAAUUAUAUCACGUGUGAUAUUGUAGAUAAAGAUAACCUGGAAUUUCUCGAGAUAAUUAUAAAUUCAAUUGAUAACAAUUGAUUGCAUCCAAGAAUUGUGUUCGCGCGCAUAUAAAUAGGAAUAGAUAAUCAUAUUAGUUUUAAUAGACAGAAUACUAAUAGUAUUCCAAAUACUAUUAGACAAAUAUGUUUAUUGUUAUGUAUUUUAUGAUUUUGCUAAAAAUUAAUAAUGAUAGAGAUAAUUGCAGUGUUUAUUAUCAAUCUUAGUAAAAAAUUAUAAAUGAUUGUGUUUAAUCCAAUAAUUAUGAUAAAAAUAAAAGCUGCCUACUGCCUAGUAGACAGUUUACUAUUCUAGCUAAAACUAUUAGAUCUUUUUCAAUAGAAAUAUGAAAAGUAAAUGUAAAAAUGUCAGAUAAUAUUGGAAUUGUAUGAUUUGCCUGUUAUUUUACUUUUUCUUCUAUGAGAGAUUAGUUUUAAAAUAUAAAGCAAUCUAAUAUUUUCAGAUUUUUUUAUUGUGCUGUAAUAAAUUUUGCAUUUAAACAUGAGCUUAACAUUCUGCACAAGACUUAUCUAAUAUUGUUUUUCAUAAAUUAUAAAAUUUAGAUAUAGAAAAGAUCAGUCUACAAUAUUUCAAAAAACCAAAUUUUAAACAUCAAUUUUUAACAGCAUUUAUUAUUUGAACUUUCUUCCUAAAUAUUAUUGUUUUGAUUAUAUUUAAUGUUCUAUUAAUAAUUCAAUAUGCAAUAAUAUAUUCAAUAUGAUAUUUUUAAAUAAUUCAAAAAACUAAUUCUUUUUAUUUUAUAUACAAUAUAAAAUCAAGAUGAAAAUUUUUUGCAAUUUUUAAAGAAGUAUAUAUAAAUAAUUUUAAUUAUAUAGUCAGUAUAUAAUUAGUAUAAAAUAAAAAAUAUAGGACAUUUUUUCAAAAUGGCAAAGCUUGUUCAAUCGAGUGAAAUAAAGUCCAUGUAAGACUGUGUAUGUAGCGAUGUAUGCGUGUAUGCAUCUGGAUGUGUAUGUGUAACUACAUUAAAGAAUAUAUGCAAUAAAUUAUGUAUCAUCGAUACAUAAUAAAUCUAUUGUGGCAUAGACAGGAACAGUAAAAAUGUGUGGAUGUUAUGUACAGAGAUGAAAUUUAUGGAAAUAAAUUAUUAAAGAAAUCA